GUUCUUGUCAUUUAUUUUGAAAAACUAGUUCAAAUUGUGGUGUGCUGGAAAAUUAGAAAAAAAUUUCUAAUAGCCUGUUUACUAGAGUUGGAUGAAUAUCACAAACAAACGAAAACGGGAUGGCUAAAAGUCGCGAAAUUAUACAAUUGCACAUGGGUCAGGCGGGGGUGCAGAUGGCAAGCGCUUGCUGGGAGCUAUACUGUCUGGAGCAUGGAAUCUAUCCGGACGGUCGCUUCUGUGAUUGUACGAUGAAUAAUGACUGCAGUGCGUUUUUCAGCUGUGACGGUCAAAGCCGCUGCGUACCGCGUGUGGUUAUGAUGGAUUUGGAACCAUCGGUUAUUGAUGAAAUACGAAUCGGGGCCUAUCGGCAUCUAUUUCACCCGAGUACGCUAAUCACGGGCAAGGAAGAUGCUUCGAGUAACUUCGCUAGAGGUCACUAUUCGUUGGGUCGAACGAUGAUUGACGUGGUGAUGGAUCGCGUUAGAAAGGUGGUUGAGGGAUGCUCCACUGUACAAGGUUUCAUGAUCUUCCACAGUUUGGGUGGGGGAACCGGUUCUGGGUUCGGUACGCUUGUACUUGAAAAAUUGCUUGACGAUUAUGGUAAAACAUCGAAAAUAGAGUUUAACAUAUUUCCAUCGCCAAGAGUUUCGCCCAUUAUUGUCGAGCCUUAUAACGCUGUUCUUUCGUCACAUGCUGGCAUGGAUUACAGUGAUUGUUCGUUUCUUCUGGACAACGAAGCUAUUUACGAUGUUUGCGAUCGGAGUCUCAACGUAUCGGAACCAACGUAUACAAAUUUGAAUCGACUAAUCGCUCAGAUCGUUUCAUGCAUUACAUCAUCUCUGCGAUUCUCUGGUGCCAUCAAUGUAGAUCUUCUGGAAUUCCAAACAAAUCUCGUCCCUUACCCUAGAAUCCAUUACCCCUUGAUUACCUACGCACCCUUAAUACCGUCUAGAAACGCUAAACAUGAGCAGAUGACAACUGCGCAAAUCACCUCGGACUGUUUUGAACCGGGCAGUCAGCUGGUUAAGUGUGACCCUCGUAUGGGGAAGUACAUGUCCUGCUGCCUGUUGUAUAGGGGUGAAGUGUCUCCUGUGGAUAUAAAUCGUUCUAUCCAGGAGCUGAAAUCAAAGAAAGCAGUUAAUUUCGUAGAUUGGUGUCCGACGGGAUUCAAAAUCGGUAUCAAUUAUCAGCCACCGGUAGCCGUUCCUGGAGGUGAUUUGGCGAAGGUAGAACGGGCGACAUGUAUGCUCUCCAACAGCACUGCCGUACGGUCUGCCUGGGAGAGGAUUAGCUUGAAGUAUGGACAGAUGUAUAAAAGGAAAGCUUUUUUUCAUCACUUCUUGAAUGAAGGCAUGGAAGUAAAUGAUCUAAGUGAUGCAAAGGAAAAUAUUUUGACUUUGAUAAGCGAUUAUGAAGAAGUUGAACGAUAACUGCGAAUUUUUAACAACAGUAUUGAAUAUGUACUAAAUGGCCGUGUUCCUGAUUUGUUGGUGUUCAUGUUGGAAAGAUCCGGCAGGAUAAUUUUAACGAUAAACCGCUCAUGUGUAUUUUCAUCGAUAUGAACUGAACUCGAGA